AUGCCGCCGGUCAAGCCGGACACUUUGUCGGCAUCGAAGAACUCGCCGCCGAGCUCGAGCAAGAACCUCACCUCGGCCCUCCCGGACAGAAGAUGGACCGCGCAGCCAUAUUGCCGAGGACCGCCGGAUCUGGGCCCGCCUGGCCCAGUUCUAGCACCAGCGGCGGUGCAACCUGGGAGGAGCCCUGCCGGCGCUGGCCACCUCCACGGCCCUCCUGGCCCUGGACGCGACCCGCCAGGCCCAGAUCGGGGCCCGCCUGGCCCAAACCCGGCCGCCGCCGCCGGCGGCUUCCUCCACCGUCGCCCUCCGCCGCCGCCCUCGGCCAUAACCUGCGCCAGCCCGCACCUCCGCCGAGAACGGCCGCCGCCAAGCCUCACCGUCGCCGCCGGACCGAGCUCCGCGAGCCCCUAG